AAAAAACUUGCGGAGAUUGAUUAAUAAAGUAAGAGGGAUUCAAGGACCAUAGUUGAAAUCUUCCUUUCACUUUUACAUAUCCAAUAUGACUAAGGGUACCUCUUCGUUUGGUAAACGCCACACCAAGUCUCACACCUUGUGCCGUCGUUGUGGAAACCGUUCUUUCCACAAGCAAAAGAAGACUUGUGCUCAAUGUGGUUACCCCGCUGCCAAGAUUCGAUCCUUCAACUGGUCCGAAAAGGGCAAGAGAAGAAAGACUACCGGUACCGGUCGUAUGCGAUACUUGAAGGUUGUCCACCGUCGUUUCAAGAAUGGUUUCCGUGAAGGUACUCAAGCCAAGGCUGCCACUGCUUAAACGGUCAAACACCAAAAAUCAAGAACGAUAUUAUAUUCUAUUUAGUUUUUUAUACUGUGUUCUUAUUUCAUGUUAUUCUGAAAAACAAAAUAAAACAGUAGUUACAGAAAUCA